AUGAAAGCAGGACAGUGGGUCCUCCCACAAAGUGCACUUCUGUCCACAGCCAGGUCUCCUGCUCAGUCCCAGUUAGCAGAGAGCAGUGUCGCUCCCCACCCGCCUGAGUACCUUCAUCUCUUCCUUCCGUUUCUUGCAGUGAUUGCCAGUUUCCGAGGCACCGUCCCCUACGGCCUGUCGCUGGAGAUUGGAGACACGGUUCAGAUCCUGGAGAAGUGCGAUGGCUGGUACAGAGGAUUUGCCUUAAAAAACCCAAAUAUCAAGGGCAUCUUUCCUUCCAGCUACGUUCACUUGAAACAUGCCGGUGUGAAGAACAAAGGACAGUUUGAGAUGGUCAUUCCCACCGAAGACUCCGUUAUCACAGAAAUGACCUCGACGUUGCGAGACUGGGGCACCAUGUGGAAGCAGCUGUAUGUGAGAAACGAGGGCGACCUGUUCCACCGGCUGUGGCACAUCAUGAACGAGGUGCUGGACCUGCGGCGCCAGGUGCUGGUGGGCCACCUGACGCACGACCGCAUGAAGGACGUGAAGCGCCACAUCACCGCCCGCCUCGACUGGGGCAACGAGCAGCUGGGCCUGGACCUGGUGCCCAGGAAGGAGUACGCGAUGGUGGACCCGGAGGACAUCAGCAUCACCGAGCUCUACCGCCUGAUGGAGCAUCGGCACCGGAAGAAGGACGCGCCGGCGCAGGCCAGCAGCCACCACCUCUUCGUGCAGCUGAAGAGCCUCAUGUGCUCCAACCUGGGCGAGGAGCUCGAGGUCGUCUUCUCGCUCUUCGACAGCAGGGAGAACCGCCCCAUCAGCGAGCGGUUCUUCCUGAGGCUGAACAGGAACGGGCUGCCCAAAGCCCCCGACAAGCCGGAGCGGCACUGCUCUCUCUUCGUGGAUCUGAGCAGCGGCGAGCUGCGAAGGGACAUCUACAUCACGGUGCACAUCAUCCGGAUCGGUCGGAUGGGGGCGGGAGAGAAGAAGAACGCCUGCAGCGUGCAGUACCGGCGCCCCUUCGGCUGCGCGGUCCUCAGCAUCGCUGACCUGCUGACCGGGGAGACCAAGGACGACCUCAUCCUGAAAGUGUACAUGUGCAACACGGAGAGCGAGUGGCACCAGAUCCACGAGAACAUCAUCAAGAAGCUGAACGCGCGCUACAACCUGACCGGCUCCAACGCGGGCUUGGCCGUGUCCCUGCAGCUGCUGCACGGAGACCUCGAGCAGAUCCGCAGGGAGUACCCGUCGGUGUUUUCUCACGGCGUGUCCAUCACCAGGAAGCUGGGCUUCUCCAACAUCAUCAUGCCGGGUGAGAUGAGGAACGACUUGUACAUCACCGUAGAGAGGGGAGAGUUUGAGAAAGGAGGCAAGAGCGUGGCCAGGAACGUGGAGGUGACGAUGUUCAUCGUGGAGAGCGGCGGCCAGACCCUGAAGGACUUCAUCUCCUUCGGCUCCGGGGAGCCCCCGGCCAGCGAGUACCACUCCUUCGUGCUGUACCACAACAACAGCCCGCGCUGGGCCGAGCUGCUGAAGCUGCCCAUCCCCGUGGACAAGUUCCGGGGCGCGCACAUCCGCUUCGAGUUCCGGCAUUGCUCCACCAAGGAGAAGGGCGAGAAGAAGCUGUUUGGCUUCUCCUUCAUCCCCCUGAUGCAGGAGGAUGGCAGGACGCUCCCAGACGGCACGCACGAGCUCAUCGUGCACAAGUGCGAAGAAAACACGAGCCUUCAGGACCCUACCCGCUACCUCAAGCUCCCCUUCUCCAAGGGCCUGCUCCUUGGGACUAGCAGCCUCGCCCCCAAGACCACAAAGGAGUCUUUUUGGAUCACGUCGUUCCUCUGUUCCACGAAACUCACCCAGAACGGCGACAUGCUUGACCUUCUGAAGUGGAGAACUCACCCCGACAAGAUCCCAGGCUGCCUCUCCAAGUUGAAAGAGAUCGACGGCUCCGAGAUCGUCAAGUUUCUGCAAGACACCCUGGACACCUUGUUCGGGAUUUUAGAUGAAAAUUCCCAAAAGUAUGGGUCAAAAGUGUUUGAUUCUCUGGUUCACAUCAUAAAUUUGCUGCAAGACAGCAAAUUCCAUCACUUCAAGCCGGUGAUGGACACGUACAUCGAGAGCCACUUUGCCGGGGCCCUGGCGUACAGGGACCUCAUCAAGGUGCUCAAGUGGUACGUGGACCGGAUCACGGAGGCGGAGCGGCAGGAGCACAUCCAGGAGGUGCUGAAGGCCCAGGAGUACAUCUUCAAGUACAUAGUGCAGUCGCGCCGGCUGUUCUCACUGGCCACGGGCGGGCAGCACGAGGAGGAGUUCCGCUGCUGCAUCCGCGAGCUGCUCCUGUCCGUGCGCUUCUUCCUCUCGCAGGAGAGCAAAGGGGCCGGGCCGCUCUCUCAGUCCCAGGCCGUGUUCCUGAGCUCCUUCCCUGCCGUGUACUCGGAGCUGCUGAAGCUCUUCGACGUCCGGGAAGUGGCCAACCUGGUGCAGGACACGCUGGGCAGCCUGCCCACCCUCCUGCACGUGGACGAGACGCUGCAGGCGGUGAAGCUGCAGUGCAUUGGCCAGACCGUGGAGAGCCAGCUCUACACCAACCCAGAUUCCAGGUGCAUCCUGCUCCCCGUGGUCCUGCACCAUCUGCACAUGCACCUGCGGCAGCAGAAGGACCUGGUCGCGUGCGCACGCAUCCUCAGCAACGUGUUCUGCCUCAGCAAGAAGAACAGCUCGGAGAAGUCCGUGCUGGAGGAGAUCGACGUGAUCGUGGCCAGCCUGCUGGACAUCCUGCUGCGGACCAUCCUGGAGAUCACCAGCCGCCCGCAGGCCUCCGGCCCCGCCACGCGGCUCCACUUCCAGGACGUCACCGGGGAGUUUGUUGCUUGUCUCCUGUCCCUGUUACGACAAAUGACAGACAGGCAUUAUCAACAGCUUCUUGACAGUUUCAGUACAAAGGAAGAACUGAGGGGGAGCAGAGAGAGAGCACUGUUGGGUGUGUUGCAGGUGGAAGCCAAGCUCAUCGACAAACUGGAUAGCCUGAUGUCAGAAGGCAAAGGGGACGAAACCUACCGGGAGCUCUUCAACAGUAUUCUGCUGAAGAAAAUCGAGCGGGAAACAUGGAGGGAGAGUGGGGUCUCCUUGAUCGCCACGGUGACGCGCCUGAUGGAGAGGUUGUUGGAUUACAGGGACUGCAUGAAGGUGGGCGAGGUGGACGGCAAGAAGAUCGGCUGCACAGUGAGCCUUCUGAACUUUUAUAAGACGGAACUGAACAAGGAAGAGAUGUACAUCCGCUACAUCCACAAACUCUACGACCUGCACCUCAAGGCACAGAACUUCACAGAGGCCGCCUACACCCUCCUGCUGUACGACGAGCUGCUGGAGUGGUCGGACCGGCCGCUGCGCGAGUUCCUGAGCUACCCGGCGCAGACCGAGUGGCAGCGCAAGGAGCACCUGCACCUGGCCAUCAUCCAGAACUUCGACAGGGGCAAGUGCUGGGAGAACGGCAUCGUCCUGUGCCGGAAGAUCGCAGAGCAGUACGAGAGCUACUAUGACUACCGGAACCUGAGCAAAAUGCGGAUGAUGGAGGCCUCUCUGUACGACAAGAUUAUGGACCAGCAGCGCCUGGAACCAGAGUUCUUCAGGGUUGGAUUUUAUGGGAAAAAAUUUCCAUUUUUCUUAAGAAACAAGGAGUUUGUGUGCAGAGGGCACGACUACGAGCGGCUGGAGGCGUUCCAGCAGCGGAUGCUGACCGAGUUCCCGCACGCCAUUGCCAUGCAGCACGCCAACCAGCCCGACGAGACCAUCUUCCAGGCGGAGGCGCAGUAUCUGCAGAUCUACGCCGUGACCCCCAUCCCCGAGAGCCAGGAGGUGCUGCAGAGAGACGGUGUCCCCGACAACAUCAAAAGCUUCUACAAAGUGAACCGCAUCUGGAAGUUCCGCUACGACAGGCCGUUCCACAAAGGCCCCAAGGACAAGGAGAACGAGUUCAAGAGUCUCUGGGUGGAGAGGACGUCGCUGUUCCUGGUGCAGAGCUUGCCGGGCAUCUCCCGCUGGUUCGAGGUGGACAAGCGCGAGGUGGUGGAGAUGACACCCCUGGAGAACGCGAUUGAGGUUUUGGAGAACAAGAACCAGCAGCUGAAGACUCUGAUCAGCCAGUGUCGGACCCGGCAGAUGCAGAACAUCAACCCGCUGACCAUGUGCCUGAACGGGGUCAUCGAUGCUGCCGUCAACGGCGGAGUCUCCCGGUAUCAAGAGGCAUUCUUUGUCAAGGAGUAUAUCUUAAGUCACCCUGAAGACGGAGAGAAAAUUGCCCGGUUACAAGAGCUGAUGCUUGAGCAGGCACAGAUUCUGGAGUGUGGCUUGGCCGUGCAUGAGAAGUUUGUACCUCAGGACAUGCGACCCCUUCACAAGAAGCUGGUGGACCAGUUCUUCAUGAUGAAGUCGAGUCUAGGGAUACAGGAGUUCUCUGCUUGUAUACAAGCCAGCCCAGUCCACUUUCCUAACGGAAGCCCUCGUGUGUGCCGGAACUCGGCGCCCGCCUCCAUGAGCCCAGACGGUUCCCGGGUAAUUCCCAGGCGCAGCCCGCUGAGUUACCCGGCUAUCAACCGGUACUCCUCGUCGUCGCUGUCCUCACAGGCCUCCGCUGAAGUCAGCAACAUCACCGGGCAGUCGGAGAGCUCCGACGAGGUCUUCAACAUGCAGCCAAGCCCGUCUACCUCAAGCCUGAGUUCCACCCACUCCGCCUCGCCCAACGUGACCAGCUCUGCUCCAUCGAGUGCCAGAGCUUCUCCUCUCUUGUCCGACAAACACAAACAUUCCCGAGAGAACGCCUGCCUGUCCCCCCGGGAGCGGCCGUGCAGCGCCAUCUACCCCACACCUGUGGAGCCUUCGCAGAGGCUGCUGUUCAAUCACAUUGGAGACGGAGCCAUGCCGCGCAGCGACCCAAACCUGUCCGCACCUGAGAAAGCUGUGAACCCCACCCCUAGCAGCUGGAGCCUGGACAGUGGGAAGGAGGCCAGGAGCAUGGCGGAGAGCGGGAGGCUCCUCUCGCCCCCUGUCCCUCCGAGACCCGCACUGACGGCUUCGCCUGCGAGACACACGGCGCCGGUCUCCCCCUCACCUGCCGGGCGGUCUCCGUUGAAGGUACGGCUGUCGUUUAACUGAGCCUGGGAUGGGCCCCGUGUUCCCUCCCCCCUGAGGAGCCCCCUGGUCCGUUAGC